AUGUGCAAUGGAAAGACCGAGGCAACAUCACAAGUCUGUUUUAAAUGGUCUGUGUACUUGUUGCUGGCAUUGGCGGUGGUAGACACAGGUGAAGGUUCAGGUUGUCUCAGACCUAUCAUGGUGGAGCAUGGCUCGCCUAACGUGCCAGAAACCAACAUGGGUUAUCUCCCUGAGGGAACAGUGUUGGAGUACCACUGUGAUUCUGGUUACCUGAUUGAUGGACCAAGUGUACUCACCUGCACAUCACUUGGACAGUGGUCUUCAGAACCACCACAGUGCAUACACAGUGAUGUCUGCCAGCCUCUACAUCUGCCAAAAAACGGGGGCUACACCUGCCACCCCUCUCCGUGUCGCCGACUUUCUCAUGGCACUGUGAUUGAAUUCUACUGCAAUGACGGCUACGUUUUGAAAGGCGACUAUAAAUAUCUUACCUGCCAAUAUGGGGAGUGGGACGGUCCAGUUCAGAUCAGCUGUGUCAAAGAGCAAGUUUCCCAGAACUUGUUGGUUCUUCAGCCUUCUUGCGUGGGGCCGUACAUGGUUGAAAACAGCUGGGUAAACCACACGGAAUGCAGAAGGGGAUUUUUCCCGGUGGGCAUAGUGCUGUAGAAGCUGUACAGCUGCGACCCCGAUUACCUGCCGGGUGGCCCUGACAUUCUCAUCUGCAUCACCACGGAAAGUUAGUCAGAACCUCCUCACUGCACCCACAGUGGUGCUUGUCUGCCCAUAUCUAAACCAGAGAACGGGGGCUACACCUGCCACCCAUCCCCUUGUCGGUUUUCCCAUGGUACUGUCAUCGAGUUUUUUUGCCAUCCGGGCUUCGUCCUGGGCGGGGACUACAAAUACGUGACCUGUCAGGAUGGACAGUGGGACAGCCCCAUGCAGGUUAGGUGUGUCAAACAAGGGUGUAUGAGACCCUUCACGGAGCUGCACGUUUUUUCUAACCUGACCGACACUAACAUCGGCGCCUUCCCCGUUGGCGCUGUGCUACAGUACCGAUGUGACCCGGGUUACCAGCCGGACGGACCUACCAUCAUCAGCUGCACUGCCUCGGGACACUGGUCCUCAGAACCUCCUCGCUGUUUACGCACCAAUGUGUGCCAGUCUCCAUAUGAGCCAGAGAACGGAGGGUACACCUGCCACCCAUCCCCGUGUGGUAGACUCUCUCAUGGCACCGUGAUUGAGUAUUUCUGUGAUGAAGGUUACAUCCUGAAGGGAGAAUAUAAAUACCUCACCUGUCAGUAUGGCGCCUGGGACGACCUCAUGCAGAUCAGCUGCAUAAUGGAACAAGGCCGCGAUACAUCCUUACCAUUGGGGAUGCCAACUUGGUCCAUAGUGUCGUCCACAGCAAGCUCGGUGGCCCUCAUCCUUCUCUUGGUGGUGCUGUUUGUGCUUCUGCAGCCAAAACUGAAAUCCUUCAAUCGACGGGACGAGGGUGUGUCAGGCCAACCCGUGUCCAUAGUGGUGGAAGGAGUCCAGGUGACUCUACCCUCGUACGAGGAGGCGGUCAGCAAUAAUGCCUCGGCUCCCAGCUCAGAGUCUCGCGUGCAAAUUGUGUUGUCUGAGGAGCAAGCCAGUACGCCGGAGGCCGGCCCCUCUCGGCCAACUUCCUUAAAACGGCUGCACUCGGAGACGGCUGUGGUGCACCCUUUGCCGCCUUCGCCGUCCUCAUCUUCAUAUUCCAGCUGGACUCAGGAACAUGCCGACGCUUCAGCUCUGUCGCCUGACGACCGGCACGGCUUCCCUCUGCUUGACUCGGAGGUGGAGUGUUCUGAUGAUAUGCCUUUGCUGAAGCAAGCCUGA